AUUUCAUUUGUUCGUAAUUUAAAAAGUGCCACUACUAUUGUAACGUCAUUUUUGAUAAAGCCGAAAAUUGUAGUGGCUCAAAAGCUCAUGUUCAUAAAUUACCAAGACACAGCAAAGGACAAAUAAUCAGACAUUGCUAAAGUUUGUGAGUUCGUUAAGUCAAUAAUCGCUAUAAAAAAAUGAAUAACAUUCGUGUGUUUCAACGUUUGGGCCGUUUGGUUUCGAAUCCAAAUGUUCAACAACAAACUCGUCGAACAUUGUAUCCUCAUUAUCUUCGAUACAUGGCCGUGAAUGUUGGCCCGAAAAUCAGUACACCUGAGAAAAUUGUUGUCUAUCUGGGAUUUUUAUUCGGAAUUCUUGGACCAGCGACAUACAUUAUGUAUGAUGUUGGCAAAAAACGUCCUGAUAAUAAACAAUAGAGGAAUGGUUGUUGGUCGAAAUUUGAUUCAAUUUGAAUCGAUUAAUUUCUGUCUUAUUAGAAUUUUUAUUAUGCCUAUAAAUUUGAAUACGAUGUAUAAAUAAAACAGUUAUGUUCUA